AUGAUGAACAAGCCGACGGUCUGGGUAACGUUUCUUCUACAUGUCAGAGCAAUCUCUGUUGAUUUAACCCUCUCAUUUUCAGGGCCGGAACCUUGCUACUCUCCCGUUCACUCCGGCUACUUCCUACAAGAAUGCAGGCGACGCUUCAAAACGUCAUAUGGUGGCACACUUGAUUCUGUUCAUAUUGCAUACGAGACUUGGGGAAAUUUGAAUGCGUCUAAAAGUAAUGCGGUCCUUCUCACCUGUGGACUGUCGGCGUCCUCCCAUGCCAGGAGUAGCCCCAUGAAUCCUGAAAGUGGCUGGUGGGAGAGCUUUAUUGGUCCAGGUCUUGCAUUGGACACCAACAAGUUCUUCAUAAUCUGCGUAUCUAACUUCGGAGGUUGCUCAGGAACCACAGGACCGAGCUCCUUCAGCAGUAGAGGCGACGGGAAGCUCAUACGUUAUGGUUUGGAUUUUCCGAUGUUUUCGGUUCAAGAUAUGGUGCGAAUCAUGUUCCGCGUUGUUGACCACCUGGGAGUAGAAACUCUACAUGCUGUUGUUGGCAGCAGCCUGGGUGGCAUGCAAAGCGUUGCCGCCGCGGCCAUGUACCCAGAGAGGGUGAAGCGCCUUGUCAGCAUCAGCGGUGCGGUAACCAGUUCGCCUCUCUCAAUUGCCCUCCGAUAUGCUCAGCGUCAAGUUCUCAUGGCAGAUCCCCGUUUCAAUAAUGGCAACUACUAUGAAAAGGCAUACCCGUUUACCGGCAUGAAACUCGCUAGGGAAAUUGCAACCAUUACCUACCGGAGUGGACCUGAGUGGGCCCAACGGUUUGGACGCCAGCGUGUUCAUCACCAUCUUCAGAGCGAGGAAGCUUCUCAGAGUGAGGAACGCCCAACAAACUUUGACACAAAAAGCCGAUACGACCAUCCUCCUACGCUGGCCCCGGACUUUACCGUUGAGGCGUAUCUGGAGCAUCAAGGCAAGAAGUGGUGCCACCUUUAUGAUCCAAACUCGAUGUUAUACAUUUCGAAGGCGAUGGACCACUUCACUUUGGAAGAGCCUUUAGGGACGACCGGAGAGCUUUCUCUAGAAUAUGGUCUGCGCCGAGUGCGUAUGCCUGCCCUGGUCAUUGGCGUGAAAAGCGAUAUUCUCUUUCCAAUAUGGCAACAGAAACAGAUGGCUCAUUCGCUGCAGCGGGCAGGAAACAGAUCUGUUGCAUUUUACACCCUUGAUUCAAUUUAUGGACACGAUACAUUCCUUAUCGACGUUGCCAACGUUGGGGGGGCCGUAAAAGGUCAUCUAGAGCAGAGCCACUCGUAGUUUUCUUUUGGUCGUGCUAAAGCACUCGGAGGAAGCCCGCUUAGAAAGCAUUCAACUUCAACACCUCGUCAAUUUUCAAGUGGUCGUAACACGGGACAUACUUCAUGGACAGGUAUUUAGCCAGGCUUUGCCCUGGAUCCCUGCACCCCUGCGUGUUCUAUUUGUGGAAAACUUCCUGAUGGGUCGUCAUGAGGUACC